UUUCCUUUUCAGUAAGAAAAAGACAAACGCUUCCUUGUGCUGCUAGCUUGCUACUUUCUUCAACACAUAAUAAUAUAACUAUACACGCGUUUUCUUGCGGAAGGAAGAGUUUGAGAAUCAAAAUUCAAACGCGGAGGAACAAUGUGGUGGUGGGGUAGGGGUUUUCUUCUCCUAGUGCUUUCUUUUGCACUUUUCGAUUCGGUAGCUUCUCUGAAUCGGAGCAGUUUCCCGGCGGAUUUCUUGUUCGGAACCGCAUCUUCGGCUUAUCAGUAUGAAGGUGCAGCGAACGAAGGAGGUAGAGGCCCCAGCAUAUGGGACACCUUCACUCACAGAUACCCCCAAAGCGUAGCUGACCACAGUAAUGGAGACGUUGCUGUUGAUUCAUAUCAUCGCUACAAGGGAGAUGUGGCUUUGAUGAAGGAUGUUGGAUUUAAUGCGUACAGAUUUUCCAUCUCUUGGUCCAGAAUACUACCCAGGGGACACCUUAACGGAGGAGUGAACAAAGAAGGCAUUGCAUAUUACAACAAUCUCAUUAAUGAACUCUUAUCAAAAGGCAUACAACCUUUUAUAACACUAUUUCACUGGGACCUCCCUCAAGCUCUUGAAGAUGAAUAUGGUGGUUUUCUGAGCCCCAAAAUUGUGCAGGAUUUUGCAUCCUAUGCAGAUAUAUGCUUCAAAGAGUUCGGUGACAGGGUAAAGCACUGGAUUACUCUUAAUGAGCCACUUUCCUAUAUUGGUGGUUAUGCAAAUGGAUGCUCUAAGAAGUGGGAAGGCCCGAACUGUAAUAAAGUGGGUGAUGCUAGUACUGAUCCCUACCUGGUUGCCCACUACCAGCUUCUUGCUCAUGCUGCAGCUGUCAAAGUCUAUCGGGCGAAGUACCAGAUUUCCCAGAAGGGUCAGAUAGGGAUAACCUUGAAUACUGCUUGGGUUAUGCCUCUGACCCCAUCUAAUGCUGACAAAGAGGCAGCAGCUCGGAGUCUUGCUUUUUCAUAUGACUGGUUCAUGGAACCCCUGCAUUCUGGUGCAUACCCUGCUGUAAUGGUUCAAAAAGCUGGUGCACGAUUGCCAAAGUUUUCUAGAAGCGAGUCCUUGAUGGUUAAAGGGUCCUUCGAUUUCAUAGGUUUGAACUAUUACACCUCAUAUUAUGCAGCUGAUACACCAUGCCAACAUGAAAAGCAAACCUUCUCCACAGACGCUUGCGUUAGAUCUACUACUGUAAGAAAUGGAGUUCUUAUUGGUCCAAAGGCUGCCUCGGACUGGCUCUAUGUCUAUCCACGAGGAAUUCAAGAGCUACUACAAUACACAAAGGACAAAUUUAACAAUCCUGUCGUUUACAUAACGGAAAAUGGAAUUGACGAGGCCAAUGAUGGUAAAAGGACUCUUGAUGACAAAAUGAGGAUGGACUACUUCAGAAGCCACCUUCUGUAUGUUCAAAGGGCCAUCAGGAAUGGUGUUAGGGUGAAGGGCUACUUUGCAUGGUCAUUCUUGGACAAUUUCGAGUGGACUGCCGGAUACACUGUUCGCUUCGGAAUGGUGUAUGUAGACUACAAAAACGGGUUGAGAAGGUAUCGUAAAAGAUCGGCUUUAUGGUUCAAAGUUUUUCUCCGCGGAUGAAAUGUUAUGAUCAGGCCAUAAGCAGGGCCACUAUAUAUACAUUUGAUAUCUAACAAUUGGUCCUAAUAUUAAGGCUUCAUUGUUAUGUGGAGGGAAGUUCAUGCCUUUCCUUGAUCUGUUUCUGUACUUUGUGGUCCAUUGGCCACCCCUUAAUAUGAUCAGACCUGAGUUGAUCUGUUAGUAAUAGUUGACGUUGAGACUUUUCA